AAGUUUUGUGUACAGCCAGUGCAGAGUCUGACAAAUCAUCUCCUUCACAUGUGAAGUGUCCAAUGAGACUUUAGAAUAAUUAACACCACCCACCACUUUCCAUUCAAACUCCUUUUUUCAUGCUACCCAUAUUCAAUAAAGCCACAACCAAAGCAGAAAAGACACACAGCAUCUCUCUCCUUGUCUACCUCUUUCUACACAUCAACAUGGGCUCCAAUAACGCUCCUUUGGCAUUCUCAUACACCUUGCUGCUGCUGCUGCUUCUUGGCUUUGCAAGCUCAAACUUGGACCAAGAUAGAGCAGAAUGUGCAGAUCAACUAGUCGGUCUCGCCACAUGUCUUCCUUACGUCGGUGGCGAUGCCAAAACUCCCACCCUGGACUGUUGCACUGGAAUCAAGCAAGUCCUUGAGAAGAGCAAGAAAUGCCUGUGCGUCCUAAUCAAGGACAGAGAUGAUCCCAAACUUGGCCUCAAGAUAAACGCAACUCUCGCACUAGCACUCCCUAGCGCCUGUCAUGCACCCUCUAACAUAUCCGAGUGUGUUUCCCUUCUGCAUCUGUCACCUAAUUCAACGGAGGCUAAAAUAUUCGAGGGACACUCGAACAGCACCAAAGGGAGCAGUGCGGCAACGGUUGCCAGUGUUAAGGGGAACUCCACCGGCAAUGGAUCAAGUAGUGCUGAAGAAAAAAGCGAUGGUGGCCGGGUGGGAAAGAUGUGGUUGGGAGCAGAGAUGGCCUGUGGAAUUCUGCUAUGGUUUUUCACACCCUACCCACCGUUUUAUGUUUGGUAGGCCCCCUAUAUUGGCCAUUGCUGUAUCCUUAUAUUGUCACGGGUAUACUGUGCUCGAUCCCUCUUUUUGCGUCUAGAAUUUAUUUGUCAUGAAUUUCCAACUACAUUUGACAUGUAAGAGACCCACAUGGAGUAAUUUCAAUACUAUGAUCAGUGUCACAGUGUGUUGUUAUUUU